AAUUCAAGGUGGUUUCUCAAACAUAUCCUUAGCAAUAUGUAGCAAGGGUCAACAACUGUAAAAGGAGAAAACAAUCCAUUUGGAAAGUCCCGUCGUGUCGUGUCCUGUUUCCAGGUGCCGAUCUCCUUGUGCCGGCAAAACCUCCGAAGCUCAGCCGCCCCAUUAUUAUCAGAUUUUCAACUUGGCCAAAUGUCUUCGUUGAAGCAUCUCCAGAUCAUCAUCAACUUCUCUUGAACAUCCUCCAGUUUUACCACUCUCAGCUGAAAUGGUAUGUAGGGACAAUAGCCCCCGUGAUGAGAUUUACAGCUUAAUCUGGAGUCAAGAUUUUUCGCGAUGCGAAUAGUGUCAAAUGACAGUCUGGUAGUGGAUAGUUCAGAAAUAGAGCCCAUCUUAUCUCAUAUUGCCAUUGUCGAGGAAUCUGAGGACACUUCACCUUCAACUGAAAUUACAUCGAGCGAGGAUUGUUUGGAGACUGCUGGUCACCUGCCAAGUGUUGAAGUUGACGGAAUUCAAUCUUUGUCACAUGCAGAACUAUCCCAAUGUCGCAUAUGCUUGGACAGUGAAGGAGAAGAUCUGAUUGCACCCUGCCACUGUAAAGGAACCCAAAAGUAUGUCCAUAGAUCAUGUCUUGAUAACUGGAGAUCAACUAAGGAGGGCUUUGCUUUUGCUCACUGUACUGAAUGCAGGGCAAAGUUCAUAUUACGGGCAAACGUCCCACCUGAUCGCUGGUGGCUGAGGCUAAAAUUCCAGUUCCUUGUGGCGAGAGAUCAUGCAUUCAUUUUUCUCAUUGUCCAGUUGAUUGUAGCAUUCUUAGGAGUACUUGUGUACAAGUUUUAUGGGGAGGAACUAAGGGAAAUGUUUGGCUACCGAGAGCAUCCAUAUGGCUUCUAUACAAUGGCAGUUUUGGCAAUCAUAUUGGUGGGGUUGCUUUAUGGUUUCUUCAUAGCAAUAAUUUGUGGACAGAGAAUUAGUGAACGUCAUUAUCACGUUCUUGCCAAAAAAGAACUCACAAAGGAAUACGUGGUAGAAGAUCGGGAAAUGCUAAAUAAAGAAGUUCCGGAACUUGAUCCUAGCCACGUUACGGAGCUAAGAAUGUUGGGGCUCUACUGAGAUUCAUGUCAGUCUAGGUAAUGAAGGUUUGAGCACGCUUAAAGAAUGGAAAAUAAUCAAAAAUAUCAAGAAAAGACCAAGUCCAAGUGAAAAAUAGAAGAAAAGUUGAAGUUUGAGCUGAAGACCCUGCAUAGCCUUGCAUAGGCAAACUUGCGUAGGCUACGCAGAGGAGGACCUGAGAAGUAAAGAUUUGAAGACAUUCUGUUUUUGCCUACGCAAACCUGCGUAGGCUAUGCAGAUAUCCUACGCAGAGGAAAAAAGGUGAAGUGUUCAAACUUGCGUAGGCUACGCAAUUAGCCUACGCCCAUGCAUCCAGCCUACGCAAUUGACCGAAGGGCAAUUUUGUCCUGUCGUGGGGCUUAGUAUAAAUAGCUAUUUUUAGUCAUUCUAGGUUAUUUUUUUGGAAGGAUACUUAUGUAGCAGCUGUUGGGGAUUUCUUCUUGAGGAAUUUGGGUGACUUCACUAUUGUUCUACAUAAUCUUUCUUUCCUCUUUAGCUAUUAUGUUUAGUUUUUCAUCUCUUUUUGUAUUCUCCCUUCUUAAUAUGUCUAGCUAAGUUUAUUAAGAUAGGAUUGUGAACCCUAAGUGUGGUUAUAUUUUUUGGUUAUUAAUAUAAAUUCAAAAUUUGAUUAA